AUGUUAACAGAACUAGCAAUUUCUUGUUCCUCAACAGACUCGACGAUAAAAGUUUGGGAUUUCAGAACAAGCACACUUGUAUAUUCAUUUAGACAGAAUGUAUCUCCGAAAAAUAGUAUGGCAUUAUUGCCGUUUCCAGGACAGUCGGAUAGAAUAGGCUUAGUAUUGGCAGCACAAACCGAUAAACCCCUGAUACAUGCUUAUUCGUGGCAAAAAGAACAAAUUUAUCAAAAAUUGGUGUGUCCCGAUAAACUUGUUUCACUCGUUAUCUCGAAUAAAGGGUCAUAUUGUGCAGGAGGUACCGAAAAAGGAAAAAUUUACGUGUGGGAGCUAUCAACAGGAAAAUUGUGCAAAGUCUUUGAUGCACAUUACAGAAAAGUUAAUAUCCUGAAAUUUACUUUCGAUGAUGUGGCUUUAAUAUCCGGGAGUGAUGAUGCUGUUGUGAAUGUUUGGUUAUUAUGCAGUAUUCUUGACGAAUCGACCGAAGAAUCACUCAUAUCUUCGUAUUAUUCGUGGUCAUCACAUUCAUUACCAAUUACCGAUAUAGUAUGUGGCAUUGGUAAUUUUCAUACUUCGAGAGUGUUAACCUCGUCAUUGGAUAAUACGUGCAAGGUGAAUUUGUUUCGUGAGCGAGAAAUAAGUGGAUAUCAACCAAACAAUCCAAAUUCUGCCAUUUCCACUAGAACAAAUAAUAGGGAGGUUGAGUCUGUUGAUGGUGGUGGAGCUGUUGAAGGUGUUGCUCUUGAAGGCCAUAAUUAUAAUAAUACUAAAGGAGGAUUGGGAUUAGUGUUUCGUGGACAUAGUGCUGGAAUUACCGCGAUUACAUUAUCAUAUGAUUCUACUAUUCUCUUAUCAGCAUCCGAGGAUGGAACUGUACUAAUUUGGGAUAUUGCCAGUCGACAAAUGUUAAAAACGUUUACAUAUCACAAAGGACCAGUAACGAAUCUUUCGGUUUUUCUUAAGCCACCCGAACUUUCUACGAUAGGCUCCUCUGUAACAGCAUCAAAUAAAAUACCAAUACCCCAUAUAUCACCAUUCAAGAAAGUCCAACAACAGUCAUCUUUUCCUGAUCGACUUUUAGAGAAUUCAGAUGAUGUGGUUACUGUUUUACUCAAUUCUUCGAAUGAGAAUAUAGAUUCGUUUAUUGGUUCUGAUAUUAAUAGCCAAGCGAGUAUCCUCUCUACAGAAUACCAUGAUAUCGAGAAUGCUAAACUCUCGUUAAAGGAUUUACAGUCUCGCGACACAGCAGUCACACUUAACUCGCGAAUUUCCGAACUACAGUUCGAGCUAUUACGCAUCCACGAGCAUUAUCAACGAGUCAAAGGAUUACAUGAUGAAAUGUAUCAAGGCUUGGUGGAGGAAUUUAUGCGACAGAGAAAACGGCAGUAG